CAACCAUAUUGACAAGAGUGACACAUACAACAGAGGUGUAACGAUAAUUAAUUAAUAAUUUUUGUAAUAUUUAUCAAUGUUUUUUUAAAAGUAUUUUUCAACCUUACUGUUAUGAUAAUAUCCUAGCUGCAAAUUAAAAUUUCGUUUCAAAUAUAUAAUUAAAUUGUCUUUUUUAGUUUUAGUAAGUAAUAUUUGUGAUAAUAAAGAAUGGCUACUGGAAGCACUUUACAAAAAGCUAUAGAAUUAGUCACCAAAGCUACAGAAGAAGAUCGUAAUAAAAAUUAUGAAGAAGCACUUCGACUUUAUGAACAUGGUGUAGAAUAUUUCUUACAUGCAAUCAAGUAUGAAGCACAAGGGGAGAAAGCCAAAGAAAGCAUUCGUGCUAAGUGCUGUCAGUAUUUAGAAAGAGCUGAAAAAAUUAAAGAAUCCAUAAAAAAAGGCAAGAAGAAACCAGUUAAAGAGGGCGAUACUGAAUCAAAGGAUGAAAAAAAGAGUGAUAGUGAUAGUGACAGUGAUGAUCCAGAGAAAAAGAAGUUACAGUCUAAACUUGCAGAUGCAAUUGUCGUAGAAAAACCCCACGUUAAAUGGUCAGAUGUUGCAGGUUUGGAUGCAGCAAAAGAAGCCUUAAAAGAAGCAGUCAUUCUGCCCAUUAAAUUUCCACAUUUAUUUACAGGAAAAAGGAUACCUUGGAAAGGCAUUUUGCUUUUUGGUCCCCCAGGUACUGGUAAAUCGUAUUUAGCCAAAGCUGUUGCAACUGAAGCUAAUAAUUCAACAUUUUUCUCUGUGUCAUCCUCUGAUUUGGUAUCAAAAUGGCUUGGAGAGUCAGAGAAAUUGGUACGAAACCUUUUUGAUCUGGCAAGGCAACAUAAACCCAGUAUAAUAUUCAUAGAUGAAGUCGAUUCCCUUUGUUCCGCCCGUUCUGAUAACGAAUCUGAAUCAGCCCGAAGGAUUAAAACGGAAUUUCUUGUUCAAAUGCAGGGGGUUGGAAACGACACAGAGGGAAUAUUAGUUCUGGGAGCUACAAAUAUCCCAUGGGUCUUAGAUGCAGCUAUUCGUAGAAGAUUUGAAAAGCGAAUUUACAUACCAUUACCUGAAGAACACGCCCGCUUAACUAUGUUUAAAUUGCAUUUAGGAAAUACCCCCACAACGUUAACAGAAGAAGAUCUACGAACCCUGGCGAAAAAGACGGAAGGUUAUUCGGGGGCUGAUAUAAGUAUAGUAGUAAGGGACGCGCUGAUGCAGCCUGUUAGGAAAGUUCAGACGGCGACACAUUUUAAGAAAGUAAGGGGCCCAUGUCCCAAGGAUCCGAAAACAAUUCGAGAUGACCUGUUGACCCCUUGUUCGCCCGGUGAUCCUGGGGCUGUCGAAAUGUCCUGGAUGGACGUUGAUGGAGAUAAAUUAUACGAACCGCCUGUUACAAUGAACGAUAUGCUGAGAUCUCUAGCAACAUCAAAGCCGACUGUAAACGAAGACGACAUGGUAAAGUUAGACAAAUUCAAAGAAGAUUUUGGACAGGAAGGAUAAUUUUGUAUGUUUCAUUUUUCUAAAUAAAAUUACGAUUCAAUGCUUAUAUAAAUAUUUGGCUUAAUUAAAUGAGUAAUAGAUUGAUACAUUUUAA